CCGCUACAGCUCUCAGGUAUAGCGCAAAACACGCGCACACAUAGACCGAGAGGGGAGAGAGGCGCAGAAACCCACCGCACAGAUCCGCUUGAAUCUGCGAGUUGCAUUGAUUGCACUUCAUUGCAAACACCUUUCCAAGUCACGCUGUGAUGUGGAAGUGGUAGACAAUGAACACUGGAGAUCAAAAUGACGAAGCUGAGUCCAGAACACCAUUCAUCAUUAAUAACUCCACUCUGGAUAGGAAAAAACACAUGGAAGGGGAAAUACAUGUGAUGGAAGUUAUUAUUGAUAAGGUCAAAGAAGAAAUAAAUAUCCAAGAGGACUCUAAAGACAUUCCCAGUCCAGCUAGACCUGCAGAGACGAGCGGGUUAGAAUUACUGUACACCAGCAUACAGGAUGUAGCUAAACGAAAGCCGGUGCAGAAUGGUUCCGGCGACAUGACAACAGAGCACGAGGGUUCCUUCAACCACAAAAGAAGAAGAAUUGCCUCUGAGAGAAACGCAGAGUGUGCUGGCAGAGCUGAGGACGGCAGCGUGGGUUUGGCAGUGGAAGGCAAGGAGCUGGCCGAGGAGAGGAUGGUGCCCUCGUACCGGAAGCCACUGUAUGGUAUCUCUCACAAGAUAUCGGACCGGAGAAGUGUCCAGGCUGCCGAUCAGCCGGGGCCACUCGAGGGUCCUGAGAGAAGCUACGUCAACAAUUUCUUUCAGCAGCGAGACAGCCCCAAGAAUUACUCAGGCGUUCUGGUGUCUCAUGCCUCUGGCAGCGAUCCCACUCUCUACUCGCUGAUCCACAAGAUGCUCUUCACCCUGAACACCCUGAACUCCAGCAUGAUGCAGCUGCACAGCAAGAUCGACCUCCUGUCACUGGAGGUGAGCCGGGUCAAGAAGCACGUGAAUCCCGGGGAGUCUGUGGUAGAGUUCCUGCCGCCCCCCGAGUACCAGCUGAACAAUGCGGAGCUGAAGCAGGUGCUGGAGCAGAGCUCCUCGGCCGGGGACUUUGCCUGCCGGCUCCUGGUGCAGCUCUUCCCAGAACUCUUCACUGAGGAUGAGGUGGGAGGUGGCUGUCAAGCCUGUGGCUCGGUGUCCAAGAGGAAGUUGGAUUCGCUGCACCUGCAGCUGCUGCGUAACUAUGUGGAGGUGUGUUACCCUGCGGCCAAGAGCAGCGGGCUCUGGCAGGUCGAGUGCUUGCCCCAGAUCAGCGACCUCUUCAACAGGUUCUGGGCCCAGAAGGAGAUGGAGAACAGCCACCAGAACGUCGAAGCAGGCAACUUUUAUGAAGCUGAACGUGUGGCAGAGCGGAACUACGUGGACGAGAGCGCACAGGACGAGGGGCUGGACUCCUCCAGCAGCGUGGCCUCGGACCUGGUGCCGGACAUCCAGGAGAUCGGCGAGUACCUGGAGGAGGCCGGGUCUCCCGGGGAGUUCUCGGUGCUACUGCUCCACAGGCUGUUCCCGGAGCUCUUCGACCUGAGGCGGCUGGCGGCCCAACACACCUGCUACGGGGCCAAUGAGAAGCAGGCGCUUGAUACCCAGAGGCUGCAGUUGAUCCGCAAGUACACGGAGAUCUACUUCCCGGAGGUGCAAGCUGACGAGGCCUGGCUCCAGCAGUGCGUCCACACGCUGGACGAGGAGCUGGCCAGCAUCGGGCUGGACGGUAGCGAGACCGAGGCAUUUCCUGGCGACAGCUAUUGCUCCUCCUCCAACGCCUCCUCCGCGCUCGGGAGUAACGAUGGCGCCGACCUGGACAAGUCGACGAGGAAGUCCAAGAAGAUCUGGCUCAUCCCCGUGGAUUUCAACUGCGUCAUGAUCACCCCCCCGGACUUCGAAGUGCCUUGCCCCGAGCACGUGCUGGGUAAACACCAGCUCAAGAACAUUUACGAGAGCAGCCUGUCCAUCGGGAACUUUGCCUCCCGGCUGCUGGUGAAGCUGUUCCCGGAGCUCUUCACUACGGAAAACCUGAGGAAGCAAUACAACUGCAGCGGCUCACUGGGCAAGAAGCCGCUCGAUCCGGUGCGGUUAAAGCUGAUCCGGCACUACGUGCAGCUGAUGUACUCCAGGGCCAAGUGUGACAAGGUGUGGAAUCAGGAGUUUGUGUCCAAACUGGACGAGCGGUGCCGGCGCAGGGACACGGAGCAGAGGCGUGUGUAUCAGCAGCAGAGGAAGAAGUGCACGGUCAGCACGGACAGGGAGGAGCCCACAACCUCAAACUUACAGCCCGAGCUCCCCAAAAAGGAGCUGGUGCUGCUCGCGACGGAAAAGGCCGACCGGUAUAACAAGAACUUCAGCAAGCUGGAACUCAGCAACGUGACCAUCCCCCAGCUCAAUUUCCCGGUUCCGUCCAAACACCUCCUGACCACCAAGGAGCUGAAGGAGAUCGUGCAGGACAGCUUGUCCAUCGGCAACUUUGCGGCACGGCUUCUCGUCAGGAUCUUUCCCGAACUGUUCACUUCUGAAAAUCUCCGGCUGCAGUACAACCACUCAGGGGCGUGUAACAAGAAGCAGCUGGAUCCCGUCCGGCUCCGGCUGAUUCGACACUACGUGGAAGCGGUUUAUCCUCGAGCCAGGAGCGACCAGGUCUGGCACCUGGAGUGCAUCCCGAGCAUCGACGAGAGGUGCCGGCGGCCAGACAGGAGGAAGUCAAAGCUACAGGGAAAGGCUGAGAAUAAAAAAAAUGGACGAGUCUCUUAGCCAUCGGUAUAAAUAACUGAGAUAACCUUUAAAGGGGUUUAUCAUGUAUUUGGCAUUAUUAUAUAAGUUUAUCUCAGAGGAUAGACGAGCUUUAAAAUAAUUUUUUUAAAAAAAAGUAAAAUAUAGGAAUUCUCUAAGGUACCAAUUGAAAAAGAAUACUUUUGCAGUUCUCAUCUGUCGCUUUGUGCUGUGCCAUUUGAUAGUCCAAUUUCAAGAGUUGAACUCGUGGUUUGAAAGUACUGGAGAUACGUCUGCAAAGGAGUGAGGGAAAGGUUUGAACACCAUUUGCCUAAUUUUCGCUAAUUACUGUCGGACCAUUCUUCUACAGAGAAUUUGAGAGACAAUUGGUAGCAUUUAGAAGGUCAUUGUGGAUUCCUGGCUUUACAGACUACUGACGUGAGGAAGUAUCCAAAAGCUGGAGGUGGGGAAUGAGGAAAUACAAUAUGUGGCACAUUUAAGAGUCUCAACUUCACCUGUCACCACAGUUUCUUUGCUUCACUGAUCGUAUCUUGUGCUUAAUUAUAUAAAAACUCUGUCAACAUCUGAUUCGUAAUGCCAUCAAAAUUGGUGCUAAACCUCCUUAAAAUGAGUGAAUUGGAGUAGAGGUUUUCUUUUGAGAUUGUGUCAAAUUAAAUUCUGUUACAGUUACAUAGCUAAAGUUUGUCUUUAUUCUUUAGCCUCUUGAACUGUGGUGACAUUUUCUUUAACAUGUGAGACACUUUUUUUUUGUGAUAGAUCCUUUUAAAUUAGCUAUAAAGUGGAUGUUACAGAAGGGCGUUGCCAUGUGUUUGCUUCAUGCUGUUACUUCUGAGAUCUGGGUUCACAUCGAGUCCAGACAGAAGAAACAGACUUGCUUCUUAUGGUAUCCACACAUAAGCCCUGGUCUAGAGGGUAAGUAGGUGACUUGAACCUGGAGUUUGCUUACACACCGACUGCUCACUGGGAGAGGUGUGACAGCAGCAAGAGGUGUCCAUCCUUCAUGGAAGUUCUGCUUCUAUUCCUCACCCCUGAACCCCUACCUACUCCACACGCUGUGGAGAAAGGCAAACCCAUACCUUACUGCCUGCUAGUACUUUACCUUAGUGCUCAAACUGUGAACAAAUAAAACUUUAUAGUAAAGUGGUUUAGUGGGAUUGCUGACGUCCAUUUUCAGGGUGAGAUGCAUACGUUAUCUUCUUACCAAAUUUGUUUUUACCAGAUUAUUCUUGUGAGAGCAGAGUAUCUUUUUACAUAGAGAUUGUAAGAAUCCAUUGUUUCAUGCAGCUUACAGUAAGUGAGAGAAUCUGGGCUCCUCUUUGUGGAGCAAAAAACUCACACAAGGUUUUUUUCUGCAACGCAGCAGCAGAAGGCUUCAAGUGAUGGUGGUAGCGGGGUGGGGGGAGUGGAUAGGGGAAGCUGGGGGUGGGGGCAGGAAAUGGGGCCGAGUGGCAGUCCUGAACUUGGGUCUCUUGCGAACCAAACUAGUCAAUGACCAACUUCAAGGGACUUUGGUGUCCUUUAAACUUUAAGAAAAAAUUCUAACAUAGAAAAAAAUAUUUUGAAGAAGAGUUUACUAAAUACUGUGAUUGUUAUGCUGCUUGGAAUUUUCCCAGACUACUUUGUAGGUUUAUAUAGUAGUGGAAAUAUGUUUGCUUGAAAUGAGGUAUGAAGAAUGAACCAAUUAAAAAAAAAUACAAAAUUAUUACAUACCAAAGUUAACAACUGUAUACCAACAUUUGUUAGAAUUAAAGCAAAAUAGUGCAGAUGCUGGAAAUCUGAAAUAAAAACAGAAGUUGCUGGGAACACUCAGCAACUCACGCAGCAUCUGUAGAGACAGGAAAAUCAGUUAAUGUUUCAGGUCGAUGACCUUUCGUCAGAACUGUUCUGAUGAAGGAUUAUCGACCUGAAAUGUUUGUUACAACUAAAUGGAAAAUGUUUAAAAAUGCUUUCGCUAUAUUAAAAAAUAUUACAAUUGGAAUGAAAUUUCAUUUGUUCAUCUGAUUUCCUCCGCCGAUUUGAGAUUUUCAAUUCGAUAUAACUUCGGGCUUCAGUGAGAUUGAAUUUUAUUUCAACACAUUGCUUCGUAUGUUAAUUGAUUUCAACAAACCUGUGUAAAUAACGUUUUUAAUAGUUUUGAUCCAUAUUAACACACAAGUGUAUGAACAAGUACAAUUUAAUUUGAAUGUUUUCUUUGGGAUCUGUUAAUGUUGAUGCCAAAGUUUUUCAUCUGAGCGGAGAAAUGAGUAUGAGAAUGCAACACCUUCACCUCAACGUUAAGAUAAACUGCUGUUUUCUUUGUAGAACUCAUUAAACUCUUGUAUUAUUGGUA